AUGUCGGCCGCCGACAAGCCAGAGAUCGCCUUCAUUGACGAUCGGGAGGCCGAGAAUUCGACCGACUCGGAGAAGGGCCCCGUCGUGCGCACCAUUGAUAAUAUGCGCGUGUUGGGCCUGAGCGACGAUGACGCCGAGUUCUACGCCAACUACACCCCCGAGCAGAGAAAGAGAACAACUCGCAAGGUUGAUAUUCGCCUUGUGCCUAUGCUUGCGGUGCUCUACCUCAUCUCUCAUCUUGACCGCGCCAAUAUCGGCAACGCCAAGAUCGAGGGUCUGGCAGAGGACCUGAACCUCACUGGUGUCCAAUGGAACAUUGCGCUAUCUCUCUUCUUCGUCCCCUACAUUCUUCUUGAGGUUCCCAGUAACAUCCUGCUGAAAAAGUUCAAGCGACCCUCCGUGUACCUCGGCACUCUCGUCACAAUCUGGGGUGUCAUCAUGACUCUUCACGGCGUAGUCACCAACUUUGGCGGUCUGCUCGGUGUCCGUCUCCUCCUCGGCGUUUUCGAAGCCGGCUUUUACCCUGGCGCCGUUUACCUGUGCACUUUUUGGUACAUGCCUCGUGACCUCGCCGCCAGAAUCGCCUGGUUCUACUGCACUUCUGCCCUCUCAGGUGCAUUCUCUGGCCUCCUGGCUGCUGCCAUCGCCAAGAUGGACGGUGUCGGCGGCUACGAAGGCUGGCGCUGGAUCUUCCUCCUCGAGGGCAUCUUCACUGUCCUGCUGGGCGUUUCCACCUUUUUCUUUUUGAUCGACAGCCCUGAGCUCAGCGGCAAGUGGCUUGAGCCCGAUGAGAUUCGAUUCCUCGAGCUCCAGCGCUUCAUCAAGCAGGGUGGCCGGUUCAGAGACGAGCAGCAGGAGGAGAAGUUCAAGUGGGGUGACCUGAAGGCCGUUAUCACCAACUGGAGGCUAUACAUGCAGGCGUGGGCUCUGCUGGCUACUUCUGCUUGCAGUUAUGGCACCAAGUUCACUCUUCCAACCAUUACCAAAGCCAUGGGCUUCGACAACACGGCAGCACAGCUCAUGACCGUCCCCGCGUACGUCGCCGGUGCCGGCUCUGCGAUUUUCUUCGCGCGUCUCUCCGAUCGCUUCUACUGGCGUAUGCCUUUCGUCGUUAUUCCCCUCGGCUUGAUCGCCAUCGGUUACGCCAUUAUCAUCUCUCUCAAGGGCGACCUUGCGGGUAACAUUGCCACUGCAAUGGUUGGUGUUAUCAUUACUUGUAUUGGUAUCUACCCCAUUCAACCCGCCGGUUCCUCCUGGGCCGCCAACAACCUGGCUCCCGCAUCUCGUCGUGCCAUUGGUGUCGCCUUCAACAUCUGCGUUGGCAACAUUGGUGGUAUCAUUGGCAGCUACAUGUACCUCGACAGUGAGAAGCCCAAGUACUACACUGGUUUCGGCCUGUCGUUGGCUUUUGGUGGCAGCGGCUUGAUUGUGGCCCUGUUGCUCGAGUUGAGCUACAAAUGGGGUAAUGCGAAGAGGGACAAGAUUACCGAGGAGGAGGUGCGAUCCAUGUAUACCGAGGAACAGUUGAUCGAGAUGGGUGACAAGAGCCCGCUCUUCAGAUACACGCUGUAA